UGCUACAAAUACAUUAUACACCCUGUCUCAUAGAGCUAACAUGUGAUUCCACAACAUAAGUUAACGUAACUUGUUGGUAAAGUAAUGUUGGAUGUUACUAUCGUUUUGUAUCGAUUCAGGGACGAGAUCUGAGGUGACCUAUUAUUCAGUCACCAGAAAAAUAUAUGGAUGCCGAUGUACUAGAAUGCUAUGUUUUAGAAUGACAGCUUCCUCCAACAUGUCUGCGCCCUACUGCACAUAUUAAGAAGACAAUAUUAGAUGUCUGAGGAUGUGGAAUCCCAUGUGUAGCCUGCCACUGGGGAUCCGGCAAAGUGGGACAAACCGAGUGUGGAGAGUGUGGGGUUGCAGACUCUGUUCUCAGAGUCCUAAAACCCCCAUCCAACAGUCCAAUCCCACAUUGCGGCCUCAGGCUGAGAAACAGAGACGGAAACGAGAGAGAGAGAAAGCCAUCCUAACCAAGGGUGUUGGAAAUGAAGGCAUAAAAUGGACUGAAAAGGAUAGGAUAAUAUACAGCGCUUCCACUGUACCAGGAGAAAAGAAAGACACCACUGUGCCCUUUCCUAAGGCCUAUAGUCCAGAGUAUGUAGAGUCCUGUUGGUAUCAGUGGUGGGAAAAAGAAGGGUUCUUUACCCCAGAGCACCAUAGGAAACUGUCACAUUCUGUCAAUGGAGCUUUCUCACUGUGUAUCCCUCCCCCCAACGUGACUGGAUCUCUCCAUCUGGGCCAUGCCCUGACUGUGGCAAUUGAGGACACCCUCUCCCGCUGGCGACGGAUGCAGGGCUACAAAGUGCUGUGGGUACCAGGCUGUGAUCAUGCCGGAAUUGCUACACAGUCUGUAGUAGAGAGGAAGUUGCUGAGGAAACAUGGGAAGCGUCGGCAAGACUACAGCCGAGAGGAGUUCCUCCGGGAGGUGUGGAACUGGAAAAAUGAUAAAGGAGAUGAGAUCUAUGAGCAGCUGAGGAAACUUGGAGCCUCCCUGGACUGGACCAGAGCCUGCUUCACCAUGGACCCAGGUUUCAGCAGUGCUGUGACAGAGGCCUUUGUGCGUCUGAGUGACUCUGGUCUCAUCUACCGCUCUGAAGGCCUGGUCAACUGGAGCUGUGCUCUGGAAUCGGCCAUAUCUGAUAUAGAGGUAGACUCCAAGCAGUUGCCUGGUAGGACACUUCUGUCAGUUCCUGGUUAUGAGCGCAACAUUGAGUUUGGCACAAUAGUUACAUUUGCAUAUCCUGUUGAAGGACAAGAUGGCGAGGUGUGUGUAUCAACAACGCGGCCAGAGACCAUGCUGGGAGACGUGGCCAUAGCUGUGCACCCGGAUGAUCCUCGAUACACAGCACUCCAUGGCAGGCAUUGCAGACACCCCUUUACUGACCGCCUGCUGCCUAUCAUCCCUGAUGCGUCAGUGGACAUGCAGUUUGGCACAGGAGCGGUAAAGAUCACCCCAGCUCAUGACCAUGCUGACUUCCUGCUCUCCCAGCGGCAUGAGCUCCCAUGGCUGACUGUGAUUGGUGGAGAUGGGCUUAUGACAGCUCUCUGUGGACACUGGCUUGAGGGUGUCAAGCGAUUUGAUGCACGGAUGCGGGUGCUGGAGGCUUUGACCGAGAAGAAGCUGUUCAGAGGGAUAAAGGAUCAUCCCAUGGCUCUACCCAUCUGCAGUCGCUCUGGAGAUGUGAUUGAACCACUCUUAAAGAGACAGUGGUUCGUCAGAUGUGAAGAAAUGGCGAAGAAAGCUAUACAGGCAGUGGAUGAGGGACAGCUUGACAUUCAACCUCACUUUUAUACAAAGAUCUGGAAGAACUGGCUUUCCAACAUCAGUGACUGGUGCAUCUCCAGACAGCUUUGGUGGGGACAUCAGAUUCCAGCCUAUCGAGUGUCUAUGCCACACGCCACUACCCAAGAGGAGGAGUUGUGGGUGUGGGGAAGGAGUGAAUCUGAGGCUCGUGAGCGUGCUGCGGCCAAGUUUGGAGUGGCACAGGAUGGAAUCUGCCUCACACGGGAUGCUGAUGUUCUGGACACCUGGUUCUCCUCUGCUCUCUUCCCCUUCGCCAUGCUGGGCUGGCCUCAGCAGACCUCAGACUUGGAGCAGUUUUACCCCAACUCUAUGCUGGAGACAGGAAGUGACCUCCUCUUCUUCUGGGUGGCAAGGAUGGUGAUGCUGGGCACAGAACUGACUGGCCAGCUGCCUUUUAAACAAGUGUUACUGCACUCGCUGGUGAGAGACAAGUAUGGCAGGAAGAUGAGCAAAUCCUUGGGUAAUGUUGUCGACCCGCUUGAUGUCAUACAUGGAGUUUCACUGGAGCGGCUGCAGGAGAAGGUGAAGGAGGGCAACCUGGACCCCAGAGAGAGUGCUGUUGCCAUGGAAGCGCAGAGGAAAGACUUCCCGCAGGGGAUACCUGAGUGUGGCACUGAUGCCCUGCGUUUCACUCUCUGCUCCUACAGAACCCAAGGUGAGGACAUUAGCAUGUCCGUGUCCCAGGUGCUCAGCUGUAGGCAUUUCUGCAAUAAGAUGUGGCAAACAGUACGCUUCACUCUGGGAGUCCUGCAAGACAGCAACGAGCCAGUCAAACCUCUGGACCAGAUAUCUCCUAUCUCUAGUAUGGAUCGUUGGAUCUGCUCACGUCUGCUCAGCACAUUGCGGCAGUGUGAAGAGGGUUUCCAUGGUUAUGAACUGCACGCUGUCACCGCAGCCCUGCACUCGUUCUGGCUGCACAGCCUCUGUGAUGUCUAUCUGGAGUGCAUUAAGCCAGUGUUGAGCUCGCCAGUCACAGCCACAGAGGGUGAUGAGAGCAGAGUGCAUGCUGGGAACGUGACAGAGGUGGAGAGAUGUGCAGCACGCUCACUCCUCUAUCACUGCAUCUGCGUCUCUCUUACCCUCCUCAAUCCCAUCAUGCCUUUCAUCACUGAGGAGCUCUGGCAGAGGCUUCACCCAUACAGUCCCCUGGCCGACCACCAUGCCACCAGUCUGUGUGUGCAGCCCUACCCACAGUCUUCUCAGCUGGUCAACUGGGACUUCCCUCAAGAGGAAGCAGACUUCAAAUUAGCACAGGAAGUCAUCCGUGUGGCAAGGUCACUGAGAGCCCAGUGUCACAUGACUAAAGAGAGGCCUCGGUUAUGGGUGGUAUGUACUCCGGUUCAAGCUCAGACCUUGCAGUCGUUCUCUGCUGCUGUUGAGACACUGGGCCGUGUCUCUGGCCUGCACUUUCAUUGCCCACCUGAGGAGGGCGCCACUGCCCUGCCCAUAUCUACUCCACCCCCUCCUGAAGGCUGUGCUGUGGGUGUGGUUAACCACACCUGCCAAUUGCAUUUGGAUGUACAGCAUCAUGUUGCAGUUGACAGACAGGUGGCAUCUCUGUUGGAACGUAGAAGCCGUGUACUGCCCAAGCUGGAGCAGCUGCUUGGUCGCAUCGUAACUCCAGGCUUUAUGGAGAAAGUUCCUGAACGUGUGAGGCUGGACACAGAGCAGAGGAUCUUAGCCUUGAAGCAGGAGCUAAAGAAUAUUGAGGAGCAACUUCAAGCAUUGGAACAGAUGAAGAAAAGCCAGUAAUGGACUAUUUGAUGGGCGUUGCAGGGCCACAAGGGACGUGGAUGUAAAAUACAGAAUGUUGGUGUGGAGCUGCUUUUGUAAAUAUCUUUUGUCAAAUAAAAAACCUCUGAUCUCUGUGUAGCCUAUCUGUAUCAGUAUUAGAUCCCAGAGCUAUGAUUUACCAGGGGGGUGCAUGGAGUGCAGGUUUGUUUAAUUUGAAGAUGCCACUUGGAAACAUUGGCAGGAAUAAAUGGAGCUGUAUUAUCA